AUGGCGUCUCCGUCAAGCGCCAAGAUCCCCGUCGGCAGCAGUACGAAGCAAGUUCGAGCCAGCAAGCGUGAUGUCGGUCGCUCUCGGGUCAUCGGCGCGUCGUCCGUGUCCAACUCGAGUCGCCGAGUCAAUGGCAGCGUCGCCAACGUGAACGGAGGAGCGUCAGGCCACGGGUCAGGCCACUCGACUCGCGUGUACCUCGACGGCGUGGACGUCACCCCUCAGUCUUUACUCGUGAGCCGCAUCAAACCGUCGACUCCAAGCGGGGGCUACGACCCCAAAGCCAAAGGCAAAGGGGGCAAGGGCAGUCGCACCAAAGCCGUCCACGGUGUCGGUGCCUCGGUCGCUGGGGCCUCCAUGGCCGGUGCCAGUAUGCUCUUCAGCCACGCGUCGUCCUCUUCAGCGGACAACGACUCGGACAGUGAAAGCUCCUCGUCGGUGGUGGCCACGGCUGCACGAGGCGUCCGCAAAGAAGUUCGACCAAGUGGUGGAGAUCGCUCAGUCUCGAGUUCUGCAACGCCAACGUCUAACCAGGAAGAGGACGACAGUUCACGCGCGUCGAAUGGGGCGGCGGAUCCUGAAGACCGCGAGGACGGCAAGGACGAGGGUGGAGACCCACUUCUAGCGGCUUCGGGUCUUGCCGUGGAUCGCGCGGCUCCGUUGCUCGUUGGGGGCAAGUCAGCGUCCAACGCAAUGGGACUGAUGUCUGGCAGGUCUCGCCGAGUGCCUGUCACGGUGACGUUGGCGGAGACGUCGACCGAGAUGUUGCUGGAGAUCCGCAGCGUCUGCGUGGCGCAAGACGCGCCGAAUCACACGGCGGUCACGGCGAGGAACAAGCGCUAUCAGGCGGUGUGUGCGCAGAAGAAGGGGAGUGAGAAGUUCGUCGAGGGGAGAGCGCAGACGCUGCAGCUCGCGCAGAAGGCGAAGGAGGUCAUGACGGCUCCCCCCGCCACGCGAGAUGUGGCGUGUGUGGCGACGGACUGGGACAUCUACGACUGCGCCAAGAUGGAGGAGGAGAACAACAACGAGACGGACGAGGUGGGCGUCGGUGAAUCUGCUCCAAGCUCCGAAGCGCAAGCUCAGACGCAAUCAACUGGAACUUCUACUGAAGGACAGCCGAAAGACCCCAAUGAUGCGACUUUGGGACCAGGAGCAGCGGCUUCGGGAGCGGAAGGAGGUGGCGCUGGCGGAGUGGGUGAUGUACAGCUCAAGCAACAAGUGGAGGAGAUCGUUGGAGCUACCUUGGCGUCUCCAGGCUGUGUGCUAGAUGUGGACGGCGAUAUUGUCGAGGACCUUCGCGCCAGGCAGCACCACUCGUCGAAGCCUAACCGAAAAAAUCGCGAUAAACAUGGCCAAAGCAAUGUUUUCAGCCAGAAGUCGCGCAUGUUCGACAGUCAGAGGUCUACCGUGGUUGCAACUGCGGUGUCCGGGAAUUCCAAUGCGUCUGUGGCGAUUGGGGAGCAAAGAACUGGCAAUUUGUCUGCGGGCGCUUCACAAGACUUCGCCGCUCUUGCUGGAGGUGAAGGCGCGAGCUCCGGUAGUGCUGCGACUAACUCCCAAGUAGGGAUGAGCGUGGCAAAUGCUUCGCGUGGAGUUCUUAGCGGCGGCCCUGGAGGAAGCGGUGACGCGAAAUCCAACAACGUCUACGCUCGAGCCAACACCAACGUGGACAUCGGUGAGAUUAUCGCCCGCCAGCGCACUUCUCACGUGCUAGGAUCGUCGUCACUGCUAUUGACUGCCAACGUUGUGGAGCGUGCCGUCCAGCAGAAUGUCUACCACCAGCAACAUGUGCGAUACCGAGAUUUCCCCAUCCUCGAGACGGCCGAAAGUCCGCCAGAGCCUGUGGUGCCUGCACUGGGAAUGGGGUUUCCCACACGCUCCGAUUCCUUCUCAGGCGGGUCUAAGACCAUGCAAGAGCUCGAGCAACUAUGGGCAUUCCGCUGUGAACUCACCAAGGACCGAACAGUCUCGUGUCUCGCUUGGAACACAGCUAAUGAAGACUUGCUGGCAGUUUCUUACGCGCGCGCGGAGCCUUUGAAUCCAACGGAGUUGGCAGGACCUACGUCUCCCAGUGCUGCGAAUGGUGCCUCUAGUGUCGCAGUGGGUGGUGCUGCAUCAGUCGUUCCUGCUAGCCCAGCUCCUCGACCUGGCCAAACUGCUCAAUCCGCAGCAGCAGCCGCCGCUGCAGCUGGUAGCACACCAGGAUCCACCGGAGAGUCGAACGACGGGCUGGUUCUCUUCUGGUCGCUGACAAACCCUGAAUAUCCUGAGCGGAUUUACCAUCUACCAGUGGGCGUGACAUCCAUCGACUUCAGCACGGCACACCCGUACCUCCUCGCGGUGGGUUUUGCGGACGGCGUUGUGUCCAUCUACGACACUCGAAAGGCCGAUUCAUCGUCAUCUAGUGGACCUUCGAACUCGACGCCAAGUAGCAGUGUACCUGGUGCUGCGGAGGACCCAACUGCGAAGUAUGUGCCAGUGCCCAUUGCUACUAGCUCAGGAAUGGGUGGCAAGCACUUGGACGCCGUGUGGCAAGUGCGGUGGGUGGCUCGUGGGGGAGGUGAGAGUGUGGUUAGCGUCUCGAGUGACGGUCGAGUGGUCGAGUGGAGCCUGAAGAAGGGCUUGAGCUACAGCGACCUCAUGACACUCAAGCGCUCGACAAAUCCGCUGCUCGGAGGUGCAGGGACCGCUGCAACAGGAGCAAGCGGUAUUGGAGAUGGAGUCAUCUCACGACAGGCAAGUGGUCGGUGUCUGGCGUUUGCAAGUCGAGGUGACCCCUCCGUUUACUUCGUUGGCACUGAAGACGGUCUUGUGCACAAGUGUUCGGUGUCGUACAACGAGCAGUACCUGCAGACGUACAUCGGACACACCGGUCCGGUGUACCAACUGCUCGUGUCUCCCUUCUGCAGCGACCUCUUCCUCUCGUGCUCGGGCGAUUGGAGUCUCAAGCUGUGGCACCAGGCAGAUCCGCGCGGCGACGCAGUGCUCACGUUCCACUCGGUGGACCUUGCCCAGGCCGUUUUGGGUGCUUCCUGGAGUCCAAGUGACGCUGCAGUGUUCGCUGCUGUGGCGGAGGACGGUCGGAUCGAGCUCUGGGAUCUCGCUCAGUCCACACUCGACCCGAUAAUUCGUCAUUUCCCGAAGAAGUUCAUCGCUGUGGCUGCUCCGGUGCCUCCACCGACUGAUGCUGACGGCUUGGACGCUGCCGGAACUUCGAGAGAAAUGACACCGAAAGGUGGAGGCGACAGCGACCGACUGGACGACGAUACGUAUCGAGACCCCAAUGCAGCUUCGAGCUCGGUCCCUGCAGCCCCGACGAUGGUCGAAGUGCCGCUCGAAUGCACGACGGUGGCGUUUGCUCCGAAAGCACCGGUGCUUGUCGUGGGGGACUCAACCGGUGAUGUUACAGUCUACCGAGUUCCAGCGCAAGUAUCCACAACAUGCGCAGAUUCAGCGUCUGACCCAGCGUCGAGCGUCGAGGAGCAAGCAGCACGAUUACUACGGGCCAUUCAGCCCAACAAGCACGAGUAG